GGACAGGUAGUCUCUGGGUGCGCCGUCCUGUCGUGGGACACAUUUAAGUCGCUGCGGGGAGACGUCGGAAGAGAAAAGACCGCAAAGCGGAACGCAGACAUGGAUUUUACUCGGUUAUCGUCGCUGCUGCUGAUCUUCUGCUGCUUUUACGCCUCAAAUGCCACAACCCCCUCCAGAGGACGGGGGUUCAUCGGCUACGUAGAUCCUGAAGACUCCAAACAGGCCGUUGUGGACCAGGUGACCUCCGACGCGCUGAAGAGCAACCUCACCACCGUCUUCCUCCCCGUCGUCUACAUCAUCGUGUUGGCGGUGGGGCUCCCCGCCAACGGCAUGGCCAUCUGGGUCUUCCUCUUCAGGACCAAGAAGCAGCACCCGUCCUCCAUCUACAUGGCCAACCUGGCCGUGGCCGACCUGCUCUUCGUCAUGUGGACGCCGCUGAAGAUUUCCUACCACCUCAACGGCAACGACUGGGCCUACGGCGAGCCGCUGUGCAAAGUGAUGGUGGGCUUCUUCUACGGGAACAUGUACUGCUCCAUCCUCUUCAUCGCCUGCCUCAGCGUGCAGAGGUACUGGGUGGUGGCGCACCCGCUGUCCCAGCAGAAGAGGAACAACAAGGUGGCCGUCGGCGUCUCCGUGGCCAUCUGGGCCUUCGUGUGGCUCACCAGCACGCCGCUGUACCUGUACGACCACACCGCCAAGCUCAAAGACCCCAACAUCACCACCUGCCACGACGUCAACGUCAUCCAGGACGCCCUCGACCCGUUCGCCUCUGUGCAGCUCCCCUACUACUACUUCAUCUUCAUGGGUCUGGUGGUGUUCCUCGUCCCCUGCGUGGUGAUGGUCGUUGCCUACGUCCUGCUGCUCCGGGCUCUGGGGAACAGCAUGGAGAAGAGCACGGCGUCCAAGAACCGCCGCAAGGCCGUGGUGCUGAUCGCCGUCGUCCUGGUGACCUUCGUCGUGUGCUUCGUCCCCAGCAACAUCAUGCUGGUGGUGCACUACUCGCUGCUGAAGGACGGGGUGGUGAACAACGGCUACGGCUUCUACGUCACCACGCUGUGCCUGGCCAGCCUCAACAGCGUCCUGGACCCCUUCAUCUACUACUACGUGUCGGAGGACUUCAGGAACCACGUGAAGAACACCUUGCUGUGCAGGAGCAGCAGGACCGUGGAGAGGAUGAGGGUCUCCUUCAGCUCCAUGAAAUACUCCAAGAAGAGCAAGUCGUUCGUGUCGAGCGGCGGGACCACGCAGAGCAGCUCCUGCUAGAGACGACCCCCCCCCCACCAGGAACCUCGUAGCACUGAGAUACAGUAGAUAGGAGGCAAGGCCCAGUGGUCACAACCAAGUUGUCUUCUGUGAACUGUUGACUGUGAAGAUGAAAUCCCAUUUUAAAACGUUUUAUGAACUGUUGUUUAGAGCCGAGUGUGAAUACGUAUUUAAACCUUUUCUUUUAAUGUAUAUAAAUGGAGAACGAGCCUGUUAAAUUACUGAGAAUUGUUCGCGGAACUGAAGAACAUUUCAAGCAAACACACGUCUGUGAUGAAGGAGGAACAGAUACUCAGGUGCAGCUUCAGACGAAACAGCGAUUUCCUAGUUUUUGUUCUCCUUGUUAAUGUUGUUGAUGUUGUUUAUGUUGUUGAUGUGGGCGCAUACCUGAAGCCAACACGUUUUUAUCUUCUUAAACAAUCGUUCUUUACUGUUGAUGGACAAAAAAGUUUUACCUCUGUUACAUAAUUUUUUGUAAUAAAUUAUUCAAA